GUCUUUUCCUCCUUCACAGUGCCGGGCUUUCUUCCCCUCCCCCUCGCCGCCGGCCGAGUUCUCCCUCUUCAGAUCGUGUAUCCCUGUCGCUGCGGGGAUUUUUCCUGCUGCUGCCGCUGUUGCCGCCGCCGCCUGUUGCCCCGGCCCCCUCCCGUCGCCCCGCUCCCGCCCCCGCACAAGAUGUCGGAGGAUCUAGCAAAGCAGCUGGCAAGCUACAAAGCUCAACUCCAGCAAGUUGAAGCUGCAUUGUCUGGAAAUGGAGAAAAUGAAGAUUUGCUAAAAUUAAAGAAAGAUUUACAAGAAGUCAUAGAAUUGACAAAAGAUCUUCUGUCAACUCAACCUUCUGAAACUCUUGCAAGUUCAGACAGUUUUGCUUCUACUCAGCCUACUCAUUCAUGGAAAGUAGGAGACAAGUGUAUGGCAAUCUGGAGUGAAGACGGACAGUGUUACGAAGCGGAGAUCGAGGAGAUCGACGAGGACAACGGCACGGCCGCCAUCACCUUUGCCGGCUAUGGCAACGCCGAGGUGACCCCACUGUUGAACCUCAGGCCCGUGGAGGAGGGCAGGAAGGCCAAGGAGGACAGCGGCAGCAAGCCCAUGUCCAAAAAAGAAAUGAUUGCUCAGCAGCGUGAAUAUAAAAAAAAGAAAGCUUUGAAAAAAGCACAGAGAAUAAAAGAACUUGAGCAGGAAAGAGAGGACCAGAAAGUGAAAUGGCAACAGUUCAACAACAGAGCCUAUUCUAAAAACAAAAAAGGCCAGGUAAAGAGGAGUAUUUUUGCUUCACCUGAGAGUGUAACUGGCAAAGUUGGAGUAGGAACUUGUGGAAUUGCUGAUAAACCUAUGACACAGUAUCAAGAUACCUCUAAAUACAAUGUCAGGCAUUUGAUGCCUCAAUAAUCAGAAAAACUGUUGGAUUUCAUCUCUGCAGGGCUUUACAUUUACCUUUUUAUCCUUAUAUUUUUCUAAAGGUAAAUUAUUUGUUAGAUGAGUAAGGAAGAUAUCGUUGUUGUCAAUGUUUGACUUCAAUAGAAUGAAACUUGAAGAAACUGCAUUUGAUAACUGCUUAUUCAUUUAACUUUUUUCAUCACUACUACCAGUUUCCUCAAAGUUUGUUGGAUUAAGCAACUUUUCUAGAUCGAUGUGCAUAAACACAGCACUUAGAUGAAGUGUUGACCUUCCUAAUAUCAGGCCCCACAUAAUGGCUGUUAUAUACCUUUUUAAAGUCCUAACUUGGAAUUCCCAGAUGCUUUGAGCUUGCCACAUAUUCUAGCAAUUCACUGGAGAACACCAAGGUAAAACACCAACCUGCUAAAAAGAUCUUUUCUUUUUUUUAAAUCUUCAAUUUAAACCUCUGUUGAACAAGGAAGCCUAAAGUAGGUUAAUUUGUAAAUGGAAAAGUUUGUUUUGAGGUUUUCUUUCAAUAACUUGUCUCCUAAGCCUAUUAAGCCAUCUCUAAAACUGAUCCAGCUCUUUUUUUCAUUUCACUGAGUUUUAGUUUUAUGUAAGAAACCAUGUUUAGGACCAGCUACCUUUUCUAAGGGUUUUUGGUUUUUAUAUAUUUGAUUUUUCCUAUGUUGAUCUUUCACUUACGGUAGUGGUACAAGUUUUUGGAUGUGUAAUGUUUAUAUGAGAAAACAAAAAGCUGAUGUAUAGCCCUGUAUACAAUGUAGAUACUAUUUUUGUAAAAAACCAAGUCUAAAUUAAUGAACAAGAGUACUGAAUGUUUCAUCAUUAAACUUAACUGUAUUUCUUGUGCAUUAAUCUGACCAUACUUUCCCUGUAUAUUAUGUUCGUGUAGCUGAGUUUGUAAUUUUUGUUAACUAGAUCAAGUUGUCAGCAUUUGUUGGUAUAAGUGAACAUCACAGUUAUCCCGAGUUGAGUGUAAGCUAAACAUAUGCAUAGAAAAGGAUCUUCCUAUUAAUGGAAGAUGGUAAUUUUUAGGGUGUGCAUUAAUUUCAGUUUUUGUAUGUUUAACUUUUAUUAAAUAAAAUGUUUUUAAAAUCUCCA